AUUUAUUUAAGAAGGGAGGAAGUAUUUUUGAUUGGAAAGUGUUGAGACGCGACAACGGGUCACUAUAAAACGGACGUGUCUGGUCAAUUACACGUAAGUGGUGGAUCAUCACUACCAUUAACAAAAGUUAAUCAUCAAUAUCGGGCGGUUUCGAAAUUGAAAACUCAACUCUCAAUAGAUGCCUUUCCCUGUUUUGCCAAAACCAAAAAUAGAUGCCUUCCUGCCCUGCCAUUAACGGUUUCUCCCCAUCCCGGUAAGAGAAAGUAGACAUUCUAAACCAAUUCUUCCUUUUCAGCUUUCAUCCUUCCUGCCUCCUUCCUUCCUUCUCCUUUUGGGGGAUUCUCCUCUUCCCUUAUUCACAUUCCCUUCCUCCUCUACUUUAUUAAGCUCCCUCUUCUUCCUUUCCAUCAUUCGCUUCCCUUGAUUCUAGAGCGCACUUAGUUCCCCACACUGAAAUGGAAUAUGAAAACAUGGUUGCUUUGGUUUCACGCACCGGCCGGCAUUUGCAGCGCUACGACAAUGGUCUCCGUCAAGUCGUCGGGUACUUCUCUUCGCUCCCCCGCCCCCCUGAACAAAACGGCAAAAAAAACGAGUUGCUGAAAUUCCGGUCCUUCAUAAUUGUGUCUUUUGUUGGUAGAUAAGUCCAGGAAAUCGUCUGGAAAUUUUCUUCUAUUGUUUUAUUUCUCUCACAAAGGGCGUUGACCUGAGACUUUUGAUGUUUAUAUUUAUUUUAAUAUUUUUCUGUAGAAAGAUUACGUCUCAUAAGCCUAGCUUUCUGUACUGGUUAGAAUUACAGAGUUAUUGGAGAAGUUAUUUUCCGAAAACUAGAAAAUGAAUUAUUGAGUUAUUGGAGAAGUCGGGUACACGGUAGCAACACGGCAUGAACGUUUGGUAUUACACGGAGCGUUUUGAUUCGUACAUAGUUGACUGGGCUGCACUUUAUUAUAAACAAUAAUAAUUGCAGUUAAUAAUACUAGUAUUAGAAUCGGGUAAAUUCAACCUGUUUUGUUUUUCAGAAGAGGAUCCUGGUUAUUAAAAGAAACCAAAGGGUCAAGAGUCUCAAGACAUGAUAAUUUCAUCGUUAAACUUGUUUUCGAAUUUUGGGUUUCUCUGUAUUCCAUUUUAGCAUCAUCCUGCUGGAUUCUAAGCUGUUUGUAUUGGUUGUGCAGAUGUAUACCCUACAGGUACAAGGAUAGAAUCAACACAUUGCCUUGUUUAGAUGAGGAUGCAUAUGAGGUUCUUGUCAUUAGUCCACAGAGAAAAGGCAAAGGGAUGUUGUUUCCCAAGGGCGGUUGGGAAAUAGAUGAAACAAUUGAAGCUGCAGCGCUUCGAGAGACGAUUGAGGAAGCUGGUGUGGUAGGAGAUAUUGAGUGUAAACUUGGAACGUGGAAUUUCGGAAGCAUGAGAAGUGGCAAUGCUUGUGAAGGGCACAUGUUCCCAUUGCUGGUAAAAGAGGAGCUAGAUUGUUGGCCCGAGAUGAAUAUUCGUCAAAGACACUGGAUAAGUAUCGGCGAAGCAAGGGAGGUUUGUGUGAAGGGAUGGAUGAUGGAGGCAUUGGAAUUGCUAGCGAGCCGACUGACAAGGCAAAGCAGACAAAGCAAAGUGGGGAUGUUUCCAGGGACUGAGUGUGGUAGCCAAGGGAUACUUAUGCCUUUGAGGUGUGGAAGACAGAUGCUACCUCCGCCACCAUCUAAUUCGGCAGAGGAAGCAUAGUCAUCAGAGAAGGGUAGCUAGCAAUUGGUGUUUAAGCUAGGAAGGUUAUGAAGCUGUUAGGGGUGUUAAGUGAAGGAGCGGCAUUGCAGCAACCAGCUCAGGAGGAGGAAGUCUGCCUGUAGUAGAGGGUGGUGGUAGGGAUGAAGAGUCAGUCUAUCUAAUCUAAUUGGUUUCCUUUGAUUCAUUCUCUGUUCUUAGAACUGAGCUGGUGGUUGGAAAUCCAACAGUUCUUUUUUUCUUGGGAUAAGGGUCAGAUAAGGCCUCGAACUUGAAAAAAAAAUGUCAAAUAAGGCCAUAUUUUGGAUGCUCUGUCCGGCCGACGCCAUUUGGGGUGGUUUCCGGUGGAAUUUUUUGAUGAUUUUUUUUGAGAAUCUUAUUCAUUAAGUCUAGUUUACUCAUAUCAAAUUUGAACUAAAACUUCAAUCGGGAAGGCAUUCAAAUGAAUUCUUGAAGAUAAAUUGUUAGUUCAAAUUUGAUAUGAUUAAACUAGACUUAAUGAAUAAGAUUCUCAAAAAAAUUCAUUAAAAAAUUCCACCGGGAACCGCCCCAAAUGGCGUCAGCCGGACAUAGCAUCCUAAAUAUGGCCUUAUUUGACAUUUUUUUCCAAGUUCGAAGCCCUAUCUGACCCUUAUUCCUUUUUUCUUUAAUUGGAAACCUUUUUCCGUUUCGUUAGUAGAAUUGCAAUUAUGGUCAUCAUUUAUGAGCUAACUGAUCUUCUUCAUAGUCAUGAUGGAUUUCAGACUUGUACUUAUGUGGGCCAGGGUUAGGAAUGAAUUGAGGCUUUCACCAUUCUUUACCCAUGCUUGGCCAAGUCUGCCCAAAUCUUGUGGACCACACACACUGACACAAGUGGGGUUUUGGUUAUGCAUGAGCAUGAAUCUGAGUAUCCAACUGGUAGCUCUACAUGUAACUUCUAAACAAAUUAAAUCUAUCUUAAUAAGAAUUGAA